AAGGAGAUUAUCACACAACCCUGUUAAAGCGCUUGCUAUUGCACUUUAGCUGCUAUGGGAUUUGUUUUUAGGGAGGACCUGGAAAAUCCUCAGACGCAGAGCCCUGGGUCUCCUUAAACUGCAAACUCCACAAGUGACCAUAGCAGUCAAAGUGGAAUAACAGCAUGUGAUAAUCUCAAGUGGUAAUUUUAUUGCAAAGAGUCAGGAUUCUUGCAUGCAUUCCAUAUGUGAAUCUACCAGCAGAAAACCUCCAGGCCCAGAGUGUCUUGAAGAGGUCAGACGGGACCUGGACAGACGGAUGGUGGGGUGGAGAAGUGGGAGAGACCCAUGAAGGUCCUGCCUUCCCCCCCCCCCUCCACCGCCCAGGCUUGGCUCUUCUCUGUGAGGUCAGUGGUGAGGUCACAGUCCACCUGGGCUGACAGAGGGGAAGUGACCUGUGUGGGGGGAGGGGGCUUGACCAGCAGCUGAGGGGGAGCAGAGGAAGAUGAAGGAACCUGCCAGGCUGUGAGCCAGCGGAAGAAAAGACGGGCACCAUCCCGCUGGUAUGUGCACUCUGGCCUUGGCAAGCCUCGAGACAAAGGCGGGCAGCAGACCACUGGCCCCUUCCCACCUCGAAAGCGGCGCCACGCCGUCCUUGUCCCGCUCCUCCUGCUCCUCCCCGCUGGAACUCGCCUUCUGCUCCUCCUCCUGCUCUUCUCAUCCCCUCCGUCCCCAUCGUCCUCCGAGCAGUCAUGUCUGAGGGCAAGAAGGGCCCCGCCGGCCCCCGGCUGGUCAAGGUGACCGUCAAGACCCUCAAGCGCAAAGAGCCCUUCGAGGUUCCCGAAGGGACGCUGGUCCGCGAGUUCAAGGCCCUGAUCGCUGAGCGGUUCAAAACGCCGGCCGAACAGCUCUCCCUCAUCUUUGCAGGUGAGAUCCUGAGGGACCAGGACACACUGGCCCAGCACCGGAUCGGGGAUGGCGCCAAGGUCCACCUCUUCAUCAAGGCCCAGCGGAGGCUUCCGCCCCCCUCCUCUGCCCCGGCACCCGGCCCCUUCCUCCCGGCACUCUUCCUCUCCCAGGACAGCGACCCCAACGACGUGCUGGACCUCCUGGAAUGGUCCCAGCGGCCGGAAGAGCUGAUGGCCUCCUGCCAGGACCUGGUCACCCGCACCAUGGAGGAGAUGUUGCUCCAGAUCAUGGGCCUCGAGGACCUGGAGGUCCUGAGUGCCAACCCACUGGUCCUGGGCUUCCUGCUGGGAGUAACUGGCAUGAACAUCUUGGGCCUGGACGCGGCUGAGGUCUCGGAACUGGUGGAGGAGGCGGCAGCACAGGAGCAGGAGGCCGCCCGGCAGGAGCUCCUCUCUGAGGUGAUGCAGCACCCCUUUGUCCAGAACCUCUUCGGCGAUGCAGAACGAGUCCGGCAGAUGAUCCUCUCUGUCCCACAAGUCCGGCAGCUAGCCGAGCAGAACCCGGAGAUCGGGCACAUCCUCAACGACGCUGACUUUCUGCGGGAGAUGAUCGACGUGGCCACCAGCCCUGCUGUGAUGGACGAGAUCAUCCGCAACCACGACCGGGCUCUCAGCAACCUGGAGAGCAUUCCCGGUGGGUACAACGCCCUGCAGCAGCUCUACAACGACAUCGAAGCCCCCAUGCUCAACGCCCUCCAGGGCAGCGGCAAUGGCAUCGGUAACAAUGGCGGGGCUCCGGAAAGCAAGCCCAGCCCCGAGGGGGGCGGGCCCCUGCCUCGAACAGAGAACCGGGAGCCCCUGCCCAACCCUUGGGCACUGCAGUCCAACAGCAGCGGGGACCACGGCUUCAACGGCGACGGGGCCGACACCCUCUGGUCGCCCGGCUGUGUCCACAUCGCCCUCAGCUCCCGAGUCGGGGUGAACCUGACCAAGUCAGAGAACAUCCAGAACAUGGUGCAGCAGCUGACCGACAACCCGGCCUUCAUGCAGAGCAUGGUCAACGCGCUCUCCCAGCCGGACGGGCCCACCCAGGCCUUCCUGGCCGACGGCAAGGGCAGUCCUCCUCCUCCGCAGGGCUGGGCCCAACUGCUGCCCCCCAAAUUGGCUCAAACUGAAUGCGGUGCACUGCUGAGCAACCCCAGGGCGGUCCAGGCCCUGCUGCAGCUGCAGAUGAGCCUGCUGGCCCUGCGGAGGGAGGCGCCGGACUUCAUCCUGGCCUUGGUGGACCCAGACGCGGACCCUGAGAGCAUGGAGGACUCGGACGGAGGGGAGGAGAGCCCCUCCUCGGAUGUCGCCAGCCUGAUCUCGGCCGACGAAAGCCUGGAGAUGGAAAGCGAAGGGUCCAGAGAAGGCAGAGGAAGAGGAAGGAAACGAGGACGGCAGGAGGAGGAGGACGACGACGAGGAAGACGAAGGCGACGAGGAAGACGCGAUGGAGCAGCAGAGCCCCCUGGCCCCCUUGUACCAGGCCCAGCUGGAGCAGCUGCGGGGGAUGGGCUUCCUCGACAAGGAACAGAACCUGCGCGCGCUCCUUGACUCCGGGGGAGACCUGGCGGCCGCCGUGGAGAAGCUGACCAACUCCCGGGGCCCCUAGCCCCAGAGAAAUUACCCUGGCCUCUUAUAGGGUCACCCCACACACACUAAAAGAAAGUCCGCUUGCUGGAUAUUACCGUGGCCUCAGA